CCCAUGGCAAUAAGUAAACAAAUGGCUUCCUUUCCAAAGUUCUUGUCAUAACCUCCUCUCUGAUAUCACUGGCUUUUAGUUUAAAAUUGGUGGAAUGUCAACAACAAAAACUCGGUUAAAUAAAUACGGUAUUGAAUCAGAAGUAGGCUUAAUAUAAUAUGUUUGAGAACAAAUAAUAAUAAUAUAAGAUCUACACAAAUUUAAAAAGUGAAUGGUUAAAAUGUUAUAACGAAAGUAAUAGUUAAAAAUAAUUCAAUGAUAGGAAAUUAGUAAUUUUUUGAAAAAUGGUAAAACUUGACAAGGACUUUGUGUUGAAAAAAGCGUUGAAAACAAAUUUUGCUGAUGAGAAACAGCAGAAAGAGGCUGUCAAAAAUGUGAAUCAUUUGUGCUUGAACGACAAAUUUAUUGAUGAAAUUGGAGACAUCUCGCCAUUCAUAAAUCUUGAAGUCCUGUACCUUCACAAUAACAGAAUUUGUAAAAUUGAGAAUUUGGAUUGCAAUUUACACAUCACACAUCUACAUCUGCAGAACAACAAUAUAGAAAAAAUUGAGAAUAUAAGUCAUCUGAAGAAUUUGAAGAAACUGUACCUAGGAAAUAACAGAAUAUCUGUAGUUGAGGCUCUCGAUAAACUGGAAAAUCUGCAAGAACUGUUCAUAGAUGCUCAGAAAUUAUUACCAGGAGAAACGUUGUAUUUUGAUCCCAGAACUGUCAAUGCAUUGUCAAAAACUCUCAGAAUCCUGGACAUUUCUAACAAUAGGAUCACAUCGCUGGACGACCUGAGGAGUUUGUCGGCCAUUGAAGAAUUGGACGCCAGCUGUAACGAGAUCGGUGACCUUGGAGCGACCUGCAAGGUCAUUGCCAAUUGGUGUCAGCUGAUCGACCUCAAAUUGCAGGGGAAUCCUGUAACUCGAGUCGCCAGAUACAGAGACACUAUUACUACGCUCACACAUAAAUUGAGUAAUCUGGACGGUAAACCAAUCAAAGAAGAGCACAGAUCUUUUUUGCAGCAGUUUGAAAUGAAGCGACUGGAGCGCAAACGGUUCGAGGCGAAGAGGGGGGAGCGACUUCAAUUUAGCGCUGAAAUUAAAAAUUUGGCAGACCAUCUGCCUCCAGGACUGAGGCAUUCAGUAUCAAGCUCUGUCCUGAAAGAAACGCAGCCACUCACCUUGAAGAAAAAUGUUAACCUCAUGUUCCAGUUGAACAGUAUGCCAAGUGCUAGAGAAGUGAGCAUACUGAAACGACAGCCUUCUCUGAGGCCAAUCAAGAGAAUCACAACUGCCCAUACCUCAGCGCUAACCAGAAGAUCUAGCAAGUGUCUAAAUGAAGGCAAUAUUUUGCCUCAGAUAGCUUCCAACAUGAUGAAACACAAUUGAAUACCAUUGAUUCUUAUGAAAGUGUUCACACAAUGCAGUCUUCCAAAGUGUGAAUACUUCCAUAAGAACCAAUGGUGGAGUUUUUGUGUGUUGUGUUGGAGCCAACUCCAAUUUGGCUCUUUGUAUUUUAUUUACAAAAUUUGGUCGACUCAGUCUCAUAGAUUUCUAAUAAAAUGGGCAGAGAAGAAUAUAUCAUUAAUUAUUA